AUGGACAGCAAUAACCUAGACUUGUUCUCGACGCUCACUAGCUCUCUUCUUGUGCUUAUCGUCAGUUAUCUGCCUUUCAAAGAAGCCGUGAGGACAAGCAUCCUGUCUAAGCGGUGGCGCAACAUUUGGCGUGAGACGAAAAGCAUAGAGUUUCAUGAGAAAUUCUUUGUUGAUCUUGAAGAAACCGAAGAGAAGCAGAGGAUUCAAAGGAGUUCCUUGUUUGAUUUCGCCAGGAACUUUGUUGCAAGCUACCCACAAGGAGAUAUUCGGAAAUUUGCAAUGGCUUGCUCAAAACCAGAGGGUUUCCUCACAGACAUUCAAAACUUUAUCAUUUUCGCCGUCUCAAGAAAUGUGAGGGAGUUAGAACUCGAAUUCUCGGAUCCUAGAUGGAAUGAAGAUGAUGAUGAUGAGAAUCAUCCAGCAGUAGUUGAAUUGCCGUACCAGGUUUUUCUAAAUGAGGGUCUUGAAUCACUGAAAUUUUUUUCCUGCAAAUUUGAUGUUUCUAGGUUAAGAAAUUUUAAGAUCCUGAAGGGGGUUUCUUUCGGGUGGAUAGAGAUAAGUAUGGUUUCUAUCAAGUUUUUGAUGUUAUGUUGUCCUUUGAUAGAGACUUUGAGUUUAAAGAAGUGUCGGACCAUGCAUCACCUCGAUAUUUGUAUACCAAAUUUGAGGCUGAAGAAUUUGGUUCUUGAUAAGUGCAGUUUUAUUAGAGAUUUCUUCUGGAUUGGGGGACCAAAGUUACGGUUCUUUAAGUACUCAGGCAAAGUUGGUGACUUUCACUUGUAUAAUCAACGUCGAAUGGUAGAGGCUGAUCUUGAUUUUGGAAUGGUUCCUGAAUUUGCUGAAUUUGGUUCUCUUCUUUAUGAUUUCUUGCAAGAGUUUUAUGCUGUUAAAGUUUUGACUGUGUGCAGUGUCCUUCUUCAGCUUAUUCCCCGAGAAGAAGAACCAUUUAGUUUGCGAUUUCCACUUAAUGUCCGCCAUCUGAUCUUGAAAACUGCAAUGCACUCCUUUGAAUUUUAUGGGAUGAGUUUCAUGUUCACAAGCUGCCCAAAGCUUAAGAUCCUUACUUUUGACAUAGGCCCUGCAAAAAUUUUCCCUGAUUAUGAACCUCCCUUUGAUUUAAAUCCUCAAGAAGUUUGGACAAACAACUUAUGGGCCAUCCCACAAUGCUUUGAUAGAAGCCUCGAGGUUGUGAACGUUAAAGGCUUCAGAGGAACACUGGAUGAACUGCGUGUACUGCGAUACAUUAUCAACUUCGGGCGCAAACUAAAGAAGCUGAAUCUCUUUCUCUCCGAGGAAGAAGAAGAUAAUGGACAAAACAGCGAGAAUUGUGUUCAAAAGGUUCGCCACAUUGUGCAGUCUAGAAGCCCUUCACUCAACCUACAAGUGUUUGUCUUCUAA